AUGUCCCCGGCUCCUGCGACGGUCCGUCCAACCACCCCGGUGGUGCCUCCGUCACCGAAACCCACACUCCUCGAGUUCGUGACCUCAACCCCGGCGCCUCUCACCUAUGAGCUCGUUGCGCUCGCACCUUAUAUUCAAGCAGUCAGACAUCUUCUGGAAAUCAUAAGCUGGGAAUCGCCAUGGGAAGAGAGCUGGUUGGCUCUCGGUGCAUGGUGGGCGCUCUGCCUGUUCUCAGAAGCUACUCUCAAGUUCUUUAUGCCACUGGCAAUAUUGUUCGUCUGCGGGUUAAGAAAGUGGUCAUCACAUGAUGGCUUGUCAAUAUCGUCUCAGCCGGCCACCGAGGCAACUCGUCCACGCUACCUCCCAUUACCUCCAUCGUUGACGUUAUUUCGUGUAUCAGCAUUUAUCUAUCCCCCAUAUCUCAUUCUCACCCAUUUCGUUCCCCUCCAUAUCUGCAUUGCGAUAACAGGAACGUUCGUGCUCAUCCAUCGUGCAAGAUGGGCCCGCAAUGCACGCGCAACCCUUGCAUGCAGUGCACACCUUCGUUGGGGAUACUAUCACUUGCGUACCCUGCUCUCCGGAACUCCUCUUCCCUCCCCACUAUCCCCCCCUCCGUCGUAUGACUCUCGACCCAUCUCUGGUUUCUCCGAGUAUGCUAGUGCAACCUCACGCUCCGUUGACGUGGGUGGACCCGCCCCAGCACCGCCCGUCCGCUUCCUCUUUACGGUGUUCGAGAAUCAGCGGUGGUGGAUGGGCCUCGAUUGGACCGCUGCCCUCCUCCCCGGUGAGCGUCCUGCGUGGUGUAGUGCCUCGCAUGUGCCGCUCCCGCCUCCAGCUGCAUUCUCGCUCCCAGCACCCACAGUGUCAUAUGUCACCGUGGAUAAUGGUGAGGCGCGGGCUAAACGUAUUGCGAGCUGGACGUGGGAAGAACCAGAAUGGCGCGUUGUUGUAAAAAGGGAGGGGCAGGAAGGUGUAUGGCGGGUGGAGAGAUCGCCGCCUAGAGAUAAGGAUGCAAGUGAAGACACGGCUGGGGCGGCGGCACGGAUGUUACGUGCGGUACGUGGCAGGGAUUCGGGCGGAGUAGCUGGUCCGAGCCACGGUCCUGAAUAUGAUAAAACUGGAGAGCAGCACAUCGAUGACCCAUCUGCCAUCGCUGGCGCAGAGGACGACAUCGCAACGGAUCCUGAAGGUUGGGUAUACGCGGAUAAUAAAUGGGAAGGAUCAAGUGGUCGAGGCGGGAUCGGGAAGUACACACGCUACCGUAGGUGGACACGCAUCGCAAGGUUGACGGAGACUGUGGAGAUGGUGGGUCCAGGAGAGGUGGGGGUCGUUCAUGACUCCAAGGAUUUCAAGGUUCUCUCGAUGGCGACAUCUUGGGAUCGAUCCUCACCCACACGGUCUAGCUUCUCUGAUUUGGACAGUGUGGUGACAGGCACCAGAGCUAGCCAAGGAACCACAGCCAGGAGGAACGUUGCGGCAAGCGGUUGA